GGAAGCUAUACCGAUAGCUUCCUUCGCUCAAUGGUUAGUCUUAACUUAAACCUAACCUAAGAAUUUCUUUAUCUUUCCUAUCGCUUUCAACGCUAUUCAAGACAAGAGGAGCGAAGCUAUUCUAAAGGAGCAAGGUCUUAAACAUCGUAAAAAGGUCUUAAUUUCUUGCUUCCAAUAGAUUAUCGUAUCGUAAGAGAAAGUUAAAAGAGAACGAAGGACCAACGACGAUUCAAUUCAGGAGGAGUCGGACGGAAUCGAAUGAUUACGAGAUAGACAAUGAGACAAAGCCAAGAGGGGAGAGCACUUAGACAAUUCACUUUGAGUACUGGGAAGUCUGCUGGUAGGAAUUCUUCAGGGCGUAUUACGGUUUUUCACCGAGGGGGUGGAUCGAAGCGAUUGCAGCGAAGAAUUGAUCUGAAACGAAGCACUUCGUCUAUGGGCAUUGUAGAAAGGAUAGAAUAUGACCCUAAUCGUUCUUCUCGGAUCGCUCCAGUACGAUGGAUCGAGGGGGUCCACCAGAGGAAAUUGAACACGAUAGAGGAGUUCGCUCCGCCGCGUCAGAUCCUCGAACCUACCACGACCACCAUCCGCGGCCUAUUUUCGUUCUCUUCCCUGCCCGGGAAGGUGGAUCAAAGAAAGGUAGCUUGCUUCUCUCCUGCUCCUGGACUGAUGGCGGCUUAUGUAGUGGUCGGCCCUCCUACCAGAAUGCCUCCUUUUUCGAAGAGCGCCUUGUAUAGUAAAGGCGCAGGAAGCAAAAAAACUUGCGCGAAGGACGUCUUCUUCUCUGCCCUCUCCUCUCCAAAGGCCAAGGGAGAGACUGCACCCCUUUCUUUCGGUAGCUCUUUUGGUUUCCCAAGGAUAGCGGUAGCUGGGGCAAAGCCCACUUUCUUCGCUCCGCGAAUGAGAGAAAAACUCAGAGGAAAAAACACGUUCUCUCUUUGCGAGGUCCGAAAGUGGAGAACGCAUAGCAUUCUCUGGGCACAUAGGAUCAAACGUAAAGCAGCGCUUUCUUGGCAGAGCUUUAGGCGGCAAGAUACUUUAGAGCUUGUUGGAGCUGCUGAGCAUAACGAAUCGAAGCCGAAGACGGAUCCAGGUAGCUUGCCUGCCAAGCCGAUAGGCGAAAGGCCGAAGGAUAGAGCGUGCAAAGUCGAUCGUGCACCUGUCGUGUGACCCGUUGGUCCUAAGCUCGCGAAGCGACCCACCUAGAAAAAGCUCUCCUUUAGGGGGGCACUAAAAUGGAACUUCGAUC